AUGUCAAAGGCAAUUAAAGAUCUGACAGAGGAGGCAGAGCAAGGGAACUUCUGGCUCUGGCUUCAGAGAAAGGACAAGAUGCCGGUGGAGGAGGCGGCGCAGGGGGAGUGCCUCCUCUCUGGGGAGGAGCAGUUAACCCUCAUCACAGAGAGCAUGUCCAUCACCUCCUCUGAUGAGGAGAAGCUGCAGCUCCUCAACAAAAACACUGAACUCCGGAGACUCAACAAAGAGCUGAUGAAGCUGAACGAGGAGUGGGAUCACAUCUAUCACAGCACGAGUGUGGGCCUCCAGCAGCGUGUGGCGGCCCUCGAGGAGGAGAGCAGGGCCCUCAAACAGCUCAACAGCCGACUGCUGCUCAAAGUAGAACAUGAACAGAACAAGAGGGAAUAUUAUGAACAAACACUGAUGCAGGAACUGAAGAAAAACCAGCAUCUGCAGGAGUAUGUCAGACUGCUGGAGAGCCGACUGCACCAAACAGAUCUUCAGCAGUGGACUAGAGGAACUCAGACCCCAGAUAUCAGUGGCUCCUCAGACUGUCAGCUAGUGCAGAGCUUGUCUAAGCCGUCCCUGGACAUACGGUCGACUCCAGCACUUCCUCCGUCACUGGGCACAAAGUCCAGUCUCAGACUGGCUGGUAUGGGAUUGGAGAUGCAGUCUGACCCUAUGAGAGAGGUUCAGGAUCUUAAAGAACAGCUGGUGGCACUGCGGUGUCAGACUAAAAUCUACGAGGCUGACUAUAAAACCGAGCAGAAGGACCAUGAGCGCAUGCUGCAGGAGAAUAAGCGUCUGCGGCGCCGAGAGGCAGACAUGCGUCAGCAGAUGGCGCUGCUGCAGGAGCAGGUCGAUUCCUCCAAUACGUGUACUAACACUUUCUACUAA